ACCACUAGCGUCACUUGGCCGCGCGUGAGCCCCACAUCCAGAGCCCGCCUGACAGCUCCUCCUCCACACAACGAUCACAGCCGCAUCGCCAAGAGGCUGUGCUCGUGCUGGCAGCAACCUUCUUGGGACGUUGUCGUCUGCAACUGUCCUUUAUGAAUGUGAAAGACGGAGAUUGAACCCGCAAAUGCAUCUGUUGGCUCAACACCUGCUCCUUUCAGCCUCAAACGAAGUCUACGACUCGCUCAAAAACCGGCAAGAAGGCUCGCUUCGAACAGAUUCCCAGAGAGCAAGACCUGGACCCGUACGGCAUCGGUGCACUCGAAAUGGUGAAACUCAAUUCGGUUUCUGUCAGGAGUCUGGUGGCCGCUACCACGGCAAUGAGACCAAGAACCAUACAGCAGCAGGCUUGAAGAAAGCUGCAGCAGAAUCUCGUGGUCUUCUGAGUAUCGAAAUAAGGUGCUAACGCUCGAGGAGAUCUUCGGGAAGGAGUUUGGUUCAUGUUCUUC